AGCUGGUGGAGCGACUCGUCGCGAACGCCUGAUGGAGUGACUCGCGCUCGCUCUCUGCCGUCUGAAGUCAGCCGACUGCCGACUGUCGUGUCACACUGUGUAAAGUGAUUCAAAUGUUAAUAAUGGUGCAGUUGUGAAGCGACUUCAACAAAUAUUCAAGGAAGAGGGUAUCCUGUGGCAGAGGGCGAGGCGAGCGGCGGGCGGCGGGCGCGACGCGCGCGAUGCUCUGACGCCAUGUGCGCGCCGACAUGCGCGCUCGCGCUCUGCCCGCCCGCGCGGCGAGACUGCUGCUGCUGGCGUUACUGCUGGCAGGCUGUGCUGGUAAUCCCGACGCCAAGCGCUUGUAUGACGACCUUCUCAGUAAUUACAACAAGUUAGUUCGGCCCGUUCUGAACGUCAGCGACGCGCUCACCGUACGCAUCAAACUCAAACUCAGUCAGCUCAUAGACGUCAAUCUCAAAAAUCAAAUUAUGACAACUAAUUUGUGGGUAGAGCAGAGUUGGUAUGAUUACAAGUUAUCUUGGGAGCCUCGUGAGUACGGUGGAGUAGAGAUGCUUCAUGUUCCCUCUGAUCACAUUUGGCGUCCGGAUAUAGUACUCUACAAUAAUGCGGAUGGGAACUUCGAGGUAACUUUAGCUACAAAAGCAACUCUGAACUACACCGGUCGUGUGGAAUGGCGCCCUCCAGCCAUCUAUAAGUCAUCUUGCGAAAUUGAUGUCGAAUAUUUUCCAUUCGACCAACAGACAUGUAUUAUGAAGUUUGGGUCUUGGACUUACGACGGCUUUCAGGUGGACUUACGGCAUAUUGACGAAGCACGUGGCACAAACGUGGUAGAACUAGGAGUCGACCUUAGCGAGUUCUAUACAUCUGUUGAGUGGGAUAUCUUAGAAGUACCCGCUGUUAGAAAUGAAAAGUUCUACACAUGUUGUGAUGAACCAUAUUUAGAUAUAACAUUCAACAUAACCAUGCGCCGCAAAACUCUCUUCUACACCGUAAAUCUUAUCAUACCUUGUAUGGGCAUUUCAUUCCUGACAGUUCUCGUUUUCUAUUUGCCUUCCGACAGCGGAGAGAAAGUUUCACUUUCUAUUUCCAUACUUCUCUCUCUGACCGUGUUCUUUUUACUGUUGGCUGAGAUAAUUCCUCCAACAUCACUUGUCGUACCGCUACUUGGGAAAUUCGUUCUCUUCACGAUGAUACUUGACACAUUCAGUAUUUGCGUGACAGUGGUAGUGUUGAAUGUACACUUCCGGUCACCACAGACACACACCAUGGCGCCGUGGGUGCGGCGUGUAUUCAUCCAUGUACUGCCAAGACUCUUAGUGAUGCGUCGCCCCCACUACCGCCUUGAUCCACAUCGCAGUCGAUUCGCCGGAGUCGUUGCUAGUGAAGGUUGGUCACCCAUAGUCGGUCCGGUGGGAAUGGGACCGACGGGCUCUAUGGGACAAAUGGGUCCACUAGGUCUCUCCGGAGUGACGGGUAGAAUGACGGGCGAGAUGGCAGGUGGCGCUAGUGAAGAUCUCUCGCCGACACCGGAAGCUUGCCGUGUUCAUGACGCUCCUGCGUUGUGUGACGCUUUGCGACGUUGGCACCGCUGCCCUGAACUACAUAAAGCCAUUGACGGCAUUAAUUACAUCGCGGAGCAGACACGCAAAGAAGAAGAAUCCACCAGGGUGAAAGAGGACUGGAAGUACGUCGCUAUGGUGUUGGAUCGGCUGUUUCUUUGGAUAUUUACCCUGGCUGUAUUAGUAGGAUCUGCCGGGAUAAUUCUUCAGGCGCCCACGCUAUACGACGAGCGCGCACCCAUCGAUGUGCGUCUCUCAGAGAUCGCCUACGCGGCGGCCAAGCCUCGUCCGCCUCCGCCGCGCUAGACUCGACACUGCUGAUCUGCGGACUUUUACACUUUACAUAAAACGAUACGCUCAGUUCGUUUGUUAUACUUUACCCUAACCGAAUGCUGAUAAUCAGCAUUCGGUCCGUCGCACUGCGUUUAUUAUGAUUAUUGUAAAUAAAAUAUAUUAUUAUAUAAAUAGUUUAUACGACGAAAUAAAGUGAUCGAAGAUAAGUCGAAUUUCUUUUGAUAGAGACGAAAUAAACUCGUUUGUUUACAAA